AUAAUGCAUCCCUUUAGUCUCUCCCAGCGUGUUCUCCUGCUGCUCAGUACUCUGCUGGGCCUGUGCCAGGGUCUGGAGUUCACAGGCUCUGAGGGUCAGUGGGCUCGGUAUGUCCGCUGGGACGCCAGCACCAGAAGUGAGCUCACCUUCCAGUUCAAGACAGCCGCGUCCGAUGCCCUGAUCCUCUACUUUGACGAUGGCGGCUACUGCGACUUCCUGCUUCUCACGGUAACGGACGGGAAGCUCCAGCUCUGCUUCAGUGUCGACUGCGCCGAGACCACGGUCACCUCUGAGAAAUCGGUCAACGACAGCCGCUGGCAUUUCGCUACAGUCAGCCGACACAACCUCAGAACGGUCCUAGCCCUGGACGGGCAGACCAAGGCGGAUGAGGUUCGACCACAGCGCCAGUUCAUGAAGAUCGUCAGCGACCUCUUCCUCGGAGGUGUACCCGGAGACAUCAGGACCUCGGCCAUCACCCUGCCGACGGUUAGAGAGCUGCCACCGUUCAAAGGAGUUAUCACAGACCUGAAUUACGGAAACAAGGUUCCCACGCUGAUCAACAGUCAGAAGGUGCGUCUGGAGAUGAUGGGUCUCUGUACAGAGAACCCGUGUGAGAACGGAGGCCACUGCUCCAUGGCUGAUGGAGAACCGUACUGUGACUGCUCCAGAACUGGAUAUACCGGACGGUCCUGUGGUGAAGGCUUAGCACAUCUGAAGGCAUCUGAGUCAGCGAGGGAAGAGAACGUGGCGACGUUCCGUGGUUCGGAGUACUUCUGCUACGACCUGUCCCAGAACCCCAUCCAGUCCUCCAGCGAUGAGAUCACAUUGUCCUUCAAGACGUGGCAGAGGAACGGUCUCUUACUCCACACGGGGAAGUCGGCUGACUACGUCAACCUGGCCCUAAAGGACGGAGCGGUGAGCCUGGUCAUCAACCUGGGCUCGGGCGCCUUCGAGGCCAUCGUGGAGCCCGUCAACGGGAAGUUCAACGACAACGGCUGGCACGACAUCAAGGUCACACGCAACCUCAGACAGCAAUCAGGCAUGGGACACGCUAUGGUGACUAUCUCCGUGGAUGGGAUCCUCACCACGACAGGCUAUACCCAGGAAGACUACACCAUGCUGGGGUCUGAUGACUUCUUCUACGUGGGUGGGAGUCCUAGUACGGCUGAUCUACCUGGUUCUCCUGUCAGCAACAACUUCAUGGGCUGCCUGAAAGAGGUGGUCUACAAGAAUAAUGACAUCCGUCUAGAGCUCUCCCGUCUGGCCCGCAUCGUAGACCCCAAGAUGAAGCUCCAGGGGGACGUGGUGUUUAAGUGUGAGAACGUGGCCACCUUGGACCCUAUCAACUUCGAGAGCCCCGACUCCUACCUCAGCCUCCCCAAGUGGAACACCAAGAGAAUGGGUUCUAUCUCCUUCGACUUCAGGACCUCAGAGCCCAACGGACUCAUCCUGUUCACCCACGGCAAGGCCCAGGACCGACGGGACGCAGCAGGGAAGAAGAACUACAAAGUAGACUUCUUUGCUGUAGAGCUGCUGGAUGGAGGACUGUACCUGCUGCUGGACAUGGGCUCAGGCACUAUCAAGGUCAAAGCCACCCAGAACAAGGUCAAUGAUGGAGCCUGGCACCACGUGGACAUUCAGAGGGAUGGACGUUCAGGCAUCAUCUCAGUGGACAACCGUCGUACGCCGUUCACGGCCAGCGGAGAGAACGAGAUCUUAGACCUGGAGGGAGACCUCUACCUGGGUGGUCUCCCUGACAACCGCGUGGGCCUGGUGUUACCUACCGAACUGUGGACGGCCAUGUUGAACUAUGGCUAUGUGGGCUGCAUCAGGGACCUCUUCAUCGACGGACGCUCCAAAAACAUUCGGGCCAUCUCGGAGUCUCAGAACACCACCGGCAUCAGGCCCACCUGCAGUAAAGUCACGGGGAAACAGUGUGAUAGCAAUCCCUGUAAGAACAACGGAGUCUGUAAGGAAGGGUGGAACCGCUUUAUCUGCGAUUGCACCGGGACUGGGUUCUGGGCCGGCACGUGUGAGAGAGAGGCGUCCAUCCUGAGCUACGACGGCAGCAUGUAUAUGAAAGUGGUGAUGCCAAGCGUGAUGCACACUGAGGCAGAGGACGUCUCCCUCCGCUUCAAGUCCCAGCAUGCAUUCGGGCUCCUAAUGGCCACUAACUCUCGGGACUCCGCUGACACACUCCGUCUCGAGCUGGACAGCGGCCGCGUCAAACUCACGAUCAACCUAGACUGUGUCAGGAUAAACUGUAACACCAGCAAGGGACCAGAGAUUCUAUAUGCGGGACAAAAGCUCAAUAAUUAUGACUGGCACUCCGUCAGAGUGGUCCGACGCGGUAAAAACUUCAAACUGACAGUCGACGACCUUCCUCUCUCUCCAGGCCAGAUGGCAGGUGACCACACUCGCCUGGAGUUCCACAAUGUGGAGACAGGGAUUCUGACAGAGAGACGUUUCGUCUCCUCUUCUCCCCCCCCUUUCGUUGGACACCUGCAGGGCCUGAAGUUCAACGGCAUGUUCUACAUUGACAUGUGUAAGAACGGCGACAUCGACUUCUGCGAGCUCAACGCCCGCUUCGGCAUGCGCUUCAUCAUCGCCGACCCGGUGACCUUCAAGUCCAAGGGCAGCUACCUGGGGCUGGCCACCUUGCAGGCCUACACCACCAUGCACCUGUUCUUCCAGUUUAAAACCACCUCCCCGGACGGAUUCAUACUGUUCAACAGCGGAGACGGAAACGACUUUAUCGCUGUUGAGCUGGUCAAAGGGUUUGUCCACUAUGUGUUCGACCUGGGGAACGGUGCCAGUCUGUUGAAGGGGAACAGUGACAGUGCCCUGAAUGACAACCUGUGGCACAACGUAGUUAUCACCAGGGACGCCACCAACACACACACCCUCAAGGUGGACGCCAAGUCCGUCACGCAGAACGUCAACGGAGCCAAGAACCUCGACCUCAAAGGGGAUCUGUUUGUGGCAGGGCUGGGGCCUAACAUGUACCAGAACCUUCCUAAACUGGUGGUCUCUAGGGAAGGUUUCCAGGGUUGUCUGGCAUCUGUAGAUCUGAACGGCCGCCUGCCUGACCUCAUCAACGACGCCCUGUUCCGCUCCGGACAGAUUGAACGCGGGUGUGAAGGACCCAGCACUACCUGUCAGGAGGACUCCUGUACCAACAUGGGCGUUUGUAUUCAGCAGUGGGAGAACUUCACCUGCGACUGCACCAUGACAUCUUACACAGGGACGCAGUGCAACGACCCUGGUACCACCUAUAUCUUCGGUAAGGGAGGGGGUCUGAUCACGUACACGUGGCCCAACAACGAGAGGCCCAGCACGCGUACCGACCGCCUGGCUGUGGGCUUCAGCACCACCAUCAAGGACGGCAUCCUGGUCCGCAUCGACAGCGCGCCGCGACUCGGUGACUACAUCAUGCUACACAUCACGGAAGGCAAGGUGGGCGUGACCUUCAACAUUGGUACAUCAGACAUCAGUGUGAAGGAGGUAACCAUGACGAUCAACGACGGGAAGUACCACCUGGUGCGCUUCACCAGGAAUGGGGGCAACGCCACUCUGCAGGUGGACAACUGGCCAAUCAACGAACACUUCCCCACAGGUACCCACCAAUCACCAUCUGGCAAAAUCCCAUUCAAUUAUAAGAGGCCGGUAGAAGAUUGGCUACAGGAGAAAGGCCGGCAGCUCACCAUCUUCAACACCCAGGCUACCAUCUCUAUAGGCGGUAAUGACCGUAAACGUCCCUACCAGGGACAGCUGUCCGGUCUCUACUACAACGGCCUCAAGGUCCUCAACAUGGCUGCCGAAGGCCACGCCAACAUCAAGGUGAACGGGAGCGUGCGAUUGGUGGGGGAUGUACCCACCAGUAGGGGCGCUGCCCGCACCACCACCUCCGUGCCACCUGAGAUGUCUACCACCUUCAUAGAGACCACCACCACUCUGUCUACGACCACCACGAGGAAACAACGCUCUCCACCCACCAUUCAGCAGACAACAGAUGACAUAGUAUCGUCGGCGGAAUGUUCCAGCGACGACGAGGAUCUGGAGGAGUGUGAUUCCGGACACGCAGGAGGGGAGUUAGUCAUCCCCGUACUUGUAGAGGAUCCCAUAGACAUCCCUCCUGUCUCCACCCAUUCUCCUUUCAUCCCCCUCCCCCCAACCCUCCGCCCCGUCCUCACCAUUAUCGAGGCCACCAAAGAGUCCCUGCCCAUGGCCACUGAGGCGGGGGUACCUUGCUUGUCGGACCGAGGCAGCGAUGAUUGUGAUGAUGGUCUUGAUGGUGGUGGUGGUGAUGAUGAUGAUGAUGAUGAUGCAAUGGUGAUAUCGGGGUUUGGCUCUGGUGAAGCUUUCGACUCUAGCCUGCCCCCCACUGACGAUGAAGAUUUUUACACCACCUUCUCCCUGGUAACAGAUAAGAUCUUGACCACGUCGGCCUAUGAAGGUGGCUACAAAGCUCUCGCGCCCAAGUGGGAGGCCAAGGACUUGAGGCCUAGCAAAGCCUCAGAGGCGGGUAGGACUACACCCACCCCGCCUCUACCCAACCUCGGGGGCACUGUAGCGGAGGCAUCCCUCCCCUCGGACGGCACGCCGCCCAAACUGCCCGCCGGGAAAAUGGACAACCGCGAGGUGAUCAAACCCCUACAGCCAGACAUUGUCCUGCUGCCUCUGCCGACCACGUCCUUCGACCUGGACGGCACCAAGCCCCGCGGGCCUCUCAUCACCUCACCCAUGCUACGCACGGUGCCUGCCACGUUACCCACCGUACCCGUCGUAAGGCGGGUACCCCCUGGGGCCUCGGAGGUGAUACGAGAAUCCAGCAGCACAACAGGCAUGGUGGUGGGCAUCGUCUCGGCCGCGGCACUCUGCAUCCUCAUCCUCCUCUACGCCAUGUACAAGUACAGGAACAGAGACGAAGGCUCCUACCAGGUAGACGAGACACGGAAUUACAUCAGCAACUCGGCACAGACCAACGGCGCCGUGGUGAAAGAUAAAACGCCCAGCGGGGGCAGUGGUGCCAAGGGAGCCAGCAGCAAGAGACCGAAAGACAAGGACAAGGAAUACUAUGUAUAGAAAAAAUCAACCAUUCCCGACUGCAAACAAAAAAAUAUAAAAAAACUGUUUGGAGAAAAUAGGAAUAAACGCUUGACAGUACCAUAUUGGGAGCUGUAAUUCAAAAAGGAAAACAAAAUCUGCUCAUGAGAACUCAAAGUGAAUGAGUCCAAGUUUAAACAUUUUCAAAUGUACUGUGACCUAAAAGCACACUAUGGUAAGCAUACAGAGAAACAGGCUGAUAGGGACACUACUAUAAGAGACCUUGUUGUGACGAGAUGACGGAGCUCUGUCCGGAGUCGUUGCCAGAGGUUUGGCAGUGUAAGAUACUUCACUGUUACUUCGCUAUCCCUCCCAAGUGACUGUCAGAGAUGUGUGAUCCUUGGCGUAAACAACCUUGUCCAUUGUAAACCUGUAAAAUAACAAAACAAACCAUUAUUUCGGCCAUUCUGAGCAUGCAUGUGAGAUGUAUGUGACGUGGUGCUGGCAUCUGUGUGAGGGACCUGAAGAUAAGAACGAAUGGUCAGUUAAAGAUAAAGUUUGAAAGACAAAACAUAAUUAGCAUAAAACAUUUCCAUUUCUAUGCCUAGCAUUGAUAUGAGGGAAGGUAUGUGUCUGGUGGCUAAUGUGUAUUUUUUCCACCCUAUGUUUUUUGAGGGAUGAGAGACAUUGUCAGGGCUGACCAGUCAAUGCUUAAUAAUGAAUGGUAGUGCAGUAAUGUAUCUCAAUAUUUUUUAAACCUUUUUUCCCCCACCAGUCUCAAAUAAGGAUUUGAAAUCGACAGUAUGCAUGACAUCCACAAUCAAGAGGGUAUUCAACCAUACUAGAGUGGAUGCAGCAGGCAAAAUGCUAUGUUUAUUUUAUAAUAUACUUCACAGAACAUUAGAUCCCAGAUAGCAUUUUUCUUUCAAUUUAUUUUGUUUUCCAUAGAACACUGAUUCAGUUAUUUGUUACGUUCUGUUUGUCCCAUUUCUCAGUGUGUGGAGGUUUAUUCAACGUCGUGACGUCGGAGAGAUUUUUGGUACAAUAUUGAAAACAAUGUGGCUAACGAAGACUUAACCAAUGUGAAAAAGUUUAGCAUUUUUUUCUGUUGUCACAGUCAACUGUGUCAAAACGACAAAUAUGUUUACAUAUGUUAUUGCAUCAUAGCCGUCGUCCUUUGCAGGUCAAUAUUGUACAUAACAUUUGAUUUUUUUUUGUAUUGUACAGACAGAUCAUUUGAGCUGAUUUAUUUUCUCGGUGUACUACAAUACAUGACAAAAAAUCUAACCUUUUUUUGAUGUUGAGAAAGUGAUCAUUGGAGAAAGACUGGAGAAAGUGAUGCUGUACUUGCAUUUUGUUUGUAAGGAGAGGAGGAAAAUGUUGAUAAGUUAGAAAAUCUAGUAUUUUUGGAUGAUGUUUCUAAAAACGCAUGAAUAUUUGACCAAUGGGAGAAGUCAAUCGAUAUUGUACUAGGGCCUCCUGAUUUUGGAUUAUGUUGAUUGCUGAUUUGUUUUUUAAUUAUUUUUUUUACAUAAAAACAGUGAAGAGAAACAUAAUAAUAAAGAACGAAUCUGGUGGAGUUUUGAGACCCAGUACUGGCACCUUAUUAAUAUACAGGAUUAUGUUGUUUUUACUGUGAUGUCUAUGUUUCUUCCUUUCGGUUGUUGCUGUUCUUUUAUAUUUAUGUUUCUUAUUGUGCAGUUUUCAUUUCAAUUCCUAUCAUUUUUAUGACAGUUUGGGCUGGCAGCACAUUUUUUUUUUUGUAUUUAUUUAUUACUUAAUAUAUUUGAUUGUGUCCUGUUCAGUUCGCAUUCUAAGCAAAUCUCAAGUCGUUGUGCACAUUCAUUUGGAUUUUGUGUUGUUAUUGCUGCUUUUCAACCCAUUAAUAAAUCCCAGCAAUAAAAUGUUCUUCCCCAA